UUCUGUCCGUGCGUCAACAGCAACAGCUAGGAUGUUGCGAUAUCGCUGGCAGCCAAAGACUGCUGUGGUUGCAGAGAUUAGACUGCUGGGUUGAAACCUCUGCCUAAUGUUUUGGAAGAUGUCAAAUUCUGUGGUUUCUCAUUUGCAGCAACAGUUGCAACAGACGGAGGCUUUAGUUUCUUGUCGAUAAUGCGCUUGUCUGUGUUGAUGAAAGGCUGCAUCGCGCUAAUGCGUUAGCUUACUAAAAUCACAGUUUUAAUGUAAAUGGAAACAAUUAAAUAGCUAGGCGGGCAGCUAUGUGCCAUCUAACGGUUGCUUCACUUGACUGAGGAUGGAAAUAAUUUUUCGGCUAACGCUAUCACACAAGUUACACGUCGGAUACGUCGCACUCGAAGACAUUAUCUUCAGAGGAUAACCUGGAUAACCUUACACGAAAUGUCAUAGCGCGUAAGUAGCUAGCACUCAGCUAGCUUGGUAAUGUCUGGACGAGAUGGAGAAGGACCUAAUGUUAUCAUCAUCAGCAGCCGACCAUGAACAGCUGGAUGGAUAGCUAAAGAAAUACUUUCUCCGGAGAUGCUUUAGCCUCCUGGGUGGUGUAAUUCACUUAUAUAACAGCUAGUCGCAGCCGCUCUAUCACCAACUGGCUUGUGUUGGCAAGCAAAUGGGAAAUUUGCCACCAAAAAUCUGGGUUGUCUCAACGUUAUAAGUGACAAAGGAAGCACUGCAUGUUUUGAGGCUGCAAAUAGACUUGCUUGAAGCGUCGGAUUCGUUCGGUUUACAAUCUGACCUGCAUUAUCUAUCAGUGCAAUCAUUCAGUGCACAGGAAACAAGCACUUCAUCUGUGUUUCUGUGAUUCAAGCCGCAAAUACUCCUGUCAUUUCGACAACAUGAGGAAGUUCUUUGAUUCUCGUCGGGAGUUGGUGAGCUCUGGGCCUGGGUCUGGAGGAGGAGGUAGCAGCUCUGGGUCCAGUCAUGCAGGCGGUAAUUUCAUUGGCAGAGCUUUCACUGUCGGGCGGCACCAGGUCACUGUUGAGGAGAUAAUUGCUGAAGGUGGCUUUGCAAUUGUGUUCCUCGUGCGAACAAAUCAAGGGGUGCGUUGCGCCCUGAAGAGGAUGUAUGUCAACAAUGAGCAUGAUCUGCAGGUGUGCAAAUGCGAGAUUCAAAUAAUGAAAGACCUUGUCGGUCACAAGAAUAUUGUUGGUUAUCUGGACUCCAGUAUUACGGCUAUGGGAUCAAGGGAUGUAUGGGAGGUUCUCAUACUAAUGGACUACUGCAAGGGGGGCCAGGUGGUCAAUUUGAUGAAUCAGAGGCUGCAGACUGGCUUCACUGAGGCUGAGGUGCUGCAGAUCUUCUGUGACACCUGUGAUGCUGUUUCUCGCCUGCACCAGCGCAAGACACCCAUCAUCCACAGAGACCUUAAGGUGGAGAACAUCCUCCUGCAUGACAAGGGUCAUUAUGUGCUGUGUGACUUUGGCAGCGCCACUAACAAGUUCCAGAGCCCACAGACUGAAGGAGUGGCCACCGUGGAGGAAGAGAUCAAAAAGUACACCACUUUGUCAUAUCGUGCCCCUGAGAUGGUGAAUCUCUACAAUAACAAGAUUAUCACCACAAAAGCAGAUGUUUGGGCGCUGGGCUGUUUGCUGUACAAAGUGUGCUUCUUCACUCUGCCCUUUGGUGAAAGCCAGGUGGCCAUCUGUGAUGGCAGUUUCACCAUUCCAGACAACUCCCGCUACUCUUAUGAUCUUCACUGCCUCAUUCGGUACAUGCUAGAGCCAGACCCAGACAAAAGACCAGAUAUUUACCAGGUGUCCCAUUUUGCUUUUAAACUAGCUCAGCGGACCUGCCCUGUUCAGAAUGUGAAGAAUUCUCCAAUUCCUUCUAAACUUCCUGAGCCAAUCAAAGCGAGUGAGGCUGCAGCAGCAAAGAAGAGCCAAGCUAAAUCCAGACUGACGGAUCCAAUUCCCACCACUGAAACCUCCAUUACCCCUCGCCAGAGGCCCAAAGCAGCACAUACCCAGCCUGCGGCUGGCAUCCUACCCAUCCAGCCUGCUGCUCUCACCCCUCGCAAGCGGCCUAAUCUCCCUGGUGGUGCAGCACAGCCUGUGGGAGUCAGCUUAAACCUCUCUCAGCCCGCUGCAGCUCUGCAGUCACAGAAGGCACAGACUUCAGUUCUGCCACUCAUCCAGUCACAAAACAAUUCAAGCCAGGCUGUGGCUUCACAGAAGCAGCCGGUGCAGCCAGCCGCAGCUACAGGAGCAGAAACUACAACAGCAGCAGCAGUCGCGUCAGCAGUGACCAAGGCUGACGUUCAACCCCAAGCACAGCCAAUAGUUCAGCAACAGACCACACCUCCCUCUGUGGCCAGCGGCACCUCCCAGCAGGCAGCUCAGACUCCAUCGAGCCCAGCCCCACCUCAACGCCCAGCUCGACGCAAGCAGGCUCAGCAGCCAGCGACACAGCAGCCACCGGCUCAGCAGCCAGCGUCUCAUCCGUCACCAAGCAAACCAGCCUCUGGUCAGCCGCCUGUAUCUCAGCAGCAGCAGAUAACUCAGCCAUCAGCUGCCCAGGCUCAGCCCGCCUCCACUGAGAUCAGCCAAAAAGCAGCAGUUACGACUCCACCUGCUUCUCCAAAGACAACUGAAGGACGAGGCCACCAACGCACGCCAAGUGAUGCCACAGCGAGCAGUGUUGUUGGAGUUCCAGUGAGUGACUCCUUACAGCAGCCACAAGGAGCUAAUGGAGACGCUGCCCUCAAACAAUCACUUUCAUCUCAACCAAGCACUGCCCAGCUUAUUCAGCUCGGUGUUGGUGAUGCAGGCCAGGACCAAAACAAAGCUGGACCCACUGUUGAUGCCACCAACACCCCCACACAGCCAGCAUGGAACCCAUUUGACGAUGACAACUUUUCCAACUUCACUGCAGAUGAAUUCAAAACUGAGGACAAAAAGCCGACUGAACUGCCCUCAGAAAUGAAGUCAUCAUCUUCUGAGGAGUUGAUACCAGGCCUGCAGACCUCAACUAUGGAUUAUACAUCCCAAGAUACUGUUGAAAGACCAUCAACCAUUCUUGAUGUGGAUUCAGGAGCCUCACUGCUGGUUGUCCCAGAUUCGUUCGGUAUCCUUGAACUGUCAGAUACACCAGAGAAGCUGAUUGAAGGACUGAAAUCUCCAGACACAUCUUCUCUCAUGCUACCCGACCUCUUGUCAUUGUCUGAUCCCUUCGGUGGAUCAGUGGGAGAGUCUGCAAAAGACCCUCUCACCGCAGACGAAUCUCUCCUGGGCUGCUCUCUGAUCUCUGGUCUGUCCGCCCCUCCGCCUGCGAGCAGCGCCACCUCCUCCGUCUCUUCUGCUCCCACCUCCGCUGCUUCUGCUUUGGAUGAUUUCAGUCUGUUGUCUGGGGACUCUGCACAGCCUAUAGCAGACUCGUCUCUCCUGAUCUCAGACUUUGAGCCCCAGCAGGCCACUACAGAGGCAGGCACCGAGGAUGAGUUUGAUCCGAUUCCCGUCACAGGCCGGAAGAACUCCCAAGUUUCAGGAGGCCACUCGCGCAGUAACAGUGGCGGCUCUGAAUCCAGCCUGCCCAGCUUGGCCCGCUCCAUACUGCUGGUGGAUCAGCUCAUCGACUUGUAGGCGGCUUCCCCCCCGUAGAUGCUGUAACACUGAAUUAUAGAUUGGCAUAGCAUAACGGCAAUCAACACUGUGUCAUGGCUAACUUCCUGCAACCCCCCUCCCCCGGCUGUCAUCUCCAUUUUAGUUCCUACAGUAGAAACGUCCUAUGCCUUUUAGUGCUUCUUCACACCUGCCUUCUCCGCCGUAUCAAUUGCAUUAUCUGGCUUCUCUUCACCUCUCAUCUCUCACCCUCUCACUCACAUUUUCUCUUGGUUGUAGUCCCUACACAUCAUGUAUCUUCCAUUGGUAUUAAGAGUGGCCAGUACACUAACAUCAUCCUUAGUUUCUAAAGACUAGACAUUACAUCUCUCUGUCAAUCAGGAUACAUUAUUGCUAUCCAGUUUGUUUGACCAAUAUUGCAUUAUGUCUAAUAGCAAACAAUAGAAGAUCAUUGUUGUAAUGUACAAUAGGCAUAGUUAUAAGUGGUUGUAGUUAUUCUCGUGCACAAGUGAAAUUGUCGUUGUUUGCCUUCUUUUAAAUUCUCCUCCCCAGAUUUAUUUGCACAUUUUAAAGUAAAAACCAUGGAAAAGUGAAAUGACCAUUUGUUUAAUGAAAUGUAAAAGGGAAACUUAGACAUGUAGCCGAAUUUGCACAGUAGCAUAAAUGUUACCUCUGUUAUGGCUGUUGGAUGGAAUAUCUAUAACAAUUUAAAGUUGCUAUAGAUUAGACUGAAAAAUGAAACAAAACAGCCAUAACCUUAUUAUUAACUGUAAUACAAGUAAUUGCGACGAAGAGAAGAGCAGGACACUAAAGGUUGCCCUGAUCAGACUAAACAGUGAAGUGCCAUAAAAUAAUCUGUGAAAUAACUGGUGACUGGUGGAGAAAGUGUAUCAGCUAAACUCUAAAUACAAUACAAUAACUAAAAAACAAAAUAAAUGAUGUCCAACAGACAAACUGUACUUUUCAAAUGAGGAAACGUUCUCAUUUGCUAUUAUUUUAUCUUUGAGGCAAACAAUAGGUUGUUUUGGAAUUAAAUAACAAAUCAGGGUCAUGUAACAGUUUUAAUAGCAGUGUGCCAUAUCAAUAGGAAAUGCAUGAAAUCAUGACAAUAAUUUGAAUAAUCAGUAAUAGGAAAUAGUAGAAGUACUGUAGCUUUUAUCUAGAGAGAGACAGUUCAUGACGAUUCAGGUCAUUUUUGGGCACUAACAGAAACAGUAAUAUGGCAUUUAAAAAUGAUUUUCACUCACUCGCACUUUUUGUUCAAAUAUCAACACAAACAUUCAUUGUGCAAUCCUUCCUACAUUCCUGUCAUUUGUUCAUUCCUAAUUUAUGUAAAUAGAUAUCUGCAACCCCUGCAGGCUCUUAUCCAGACCAUAGAAUUGGUUGUUCUUCCUGUGUAUAUAUUAAGUCAUUGUCAUAAAGCUUUACUUGUGGAAAACAUAUUGCUUUACUUGUAAAAGCUCAUAUAUCCAUCCAUAUAUAUAUAUAUAUAUAUAUAUAUAUAUAUAUAUGAUAUAUAUAUGACUCAAAAUGACAUUGUUUUCCUGUUAAUAAAUGUUAAUAUGAAUAGAGUGUUAGAGAAUGAAUGUAAGAAAUAAAUAGUAGUCUAUAAUAAACAAUAUCUAUGAUUCUGACACCAUAAUCACUAAAUAAUAUUGAAGAAUACUCUAUAUAAAUAUUUCAUUCCUCUUUGUGGAACUGUGUUGAGAACGUUUUUUUUCUUGGUUAUAUCUACUCAGUUAUUGUCAGUACAUUAUUGUAUAGAUGAUAAUCCUAGUCUUUGUUCAACCUGGAGAUGAGUCUUAUUCACCUCCUCUACCUUUGUGAAAAGAAAGUGAGCCUGUGUUAUGUUUGUUUACACGGACUGAUGGAAGGAUUAUAUUUUUAUUCAAAACAGUUGACAGUUUUCUGAAAAGUGGGAGCUUAACCUCUUGAAUCUUAGUCCCGUUUUAUUUCAUCGCUAAACUAGAAUCUUUCAGAAAAAUUGUGCUUUGUAAAGCUUUGUUUUGCAUUACAGGCUUUAGUGAUCACAAAAUUCAUAUCAAAAAAAGCAUGGCAGUGUUGUUGAAUGUUAUGUUCAUGUGUGUUGGUAUACAGUGUUAAUGAUAAGUAUGUAUGUGUGUGUGGAGUCAGAAUUGUUGGAUGUGUUUUCCAGUAGCCUACUUGUGUUGUUGUUGUUUGCUGCAAAUAUGGCGACGGUAACGAUGUCAUUAAAAUCUCUUCUGAAAGCACAGCCCCGCCCCAAGUUCUCUCAGGAAGUCAGAGCUACAUCUGAGAGUUGGAUUUUAUUGGCUUACUGCUCCCCAGUCUCACUGUCCUCUGGAUGUCUGCGCUCCAUGUUACAGUUAAGAGAAUUUGUCUCAAAGGUUAAUGUGUGAGGGGCUCUGUGAAGUGUAAAGGUUAAAUCUGCCAGUGGAGAUAUAACACUCAGCAUUAAGUCAGCUGUUCAGGGUUUGAAAAAAAUCUGCUCCAAAUCAGCAAUAUUAGCAAAAUCAGCUUCCUGUGCAUGAUUACACUGGGAAGACUCCAUGUUUUUUUUUCAUUUUGGCAUGUUAGAAAGUGAUUAUUUAGUGAGAUCUACUUAAAAUUAAGUAAAGUAAUUCAGAGAUUUAAGAGAAAUAAUCAGGAUUUAUAGUUCGUUGUGUUAUUUGUAUAUUGAAGCAUAACAAGAAUGUUGAAUGAUAAACAUGUCAGUCAUAUUAUGGUUUAAUGCUGACAAAGUGCACAAAUCAUAAUAGGUUUUUACAAGCUAGUUAGAUAUAUUCUACUUGCAUACGUGCAAUAUCAAAUACAAUGUAGUUACCUUCUGAAUGAUCAAAGUCAAGCUAGCAGUAUACAAUAAAUCAAUCCUCAGAACUGAAUCCUAAAAUUCAAAAUCUGAGAAUAGUGCUGCCAAAAGCAUGGAGCACAGUAAGUGACUGAUUCACAUGUUCUUAAAUGAUAAAAGGCUACGACAUCUUUGUUUCUGCCCAUUCAUUUCUUUCAUUAACCCCCAAGAUUGAGAGUAUUUUGAGUAGAUCUCCUGAUUUCAAUUUUUAAUUACAUCCUUUUAUUUUUUAAAUAAAUUUCUGAAAACUUUAAAGGAGUGGCUGGUUUUAAAGCAACAGUCUCCUGGGUGUAUUUAAUGUUGGUACUGCAUGUGCAACUGAAGGCUUAUGUUGUUUUUAUCAUCGUCUUUAUGAUCCUUCCUCUGAACAACUCAGUCUUUUGCAGUUACUGUUUGAACCUAUGCAACUCCCGAGCUUUCUCCCUGUAGCCGCCAGCGUGCUGUUGUAAUCGGUAAAGCCAAGCAGGUAGCGAGAUUAGUCCUUGAUGUGAAACAGAAGCCCCUCAUUUUCUCUGUUGUUUUGCCAAAAAUGAAAUCUGUCGAUUAUCUGAUACUACUGAGUGUUUCAAGACUCCUCUUGUCUCUAUGGCCCAAACCUGCGUCAGAGCUGUGAUAUCGUGUGCUCCUUCUAUUUUUGUGAGAUAAUUAAAGAAUUAUUAAGGGAUGGCAAAUAAAAUACAAAUGUGAAUGUCAA